CUUCUCUUCACGACGUCCCUCGAAACCUCGCAGUUUUGAAAUGGACGCGAAUUUGAUGGAGUCGGAGCGCCUCAAGGCCAGUAGCGAGCCGUCGGUCGGUCGCCGCGUCUUGACAGGCGUCACCGUCCUCGCGACCGGUCUCGUCUUUGGCUUUGCGAUGAACAAGGCCCAGGUCUACCUGCCGUUUGUCAUUAUGGACCAAAUGGCCUUCCAGCGCUUCACGAUGAUGAAGCUCUUCAUGGCCGCCCUCGGCACGUCGCUCAUCUCCAAGGCCAUCUUCCGCGUGUCGCAGCCGAGCGAGUUUGAAAAGAUGCAGGCCGCGCGCGCGUCGGACCCGAGCACGUCGACAGUCCUCGUGGUCGGCGCGACGAUCCUCGGCGCGGGCAUGACCAUCAGCGGCUCGUGCCCCGGCACGGUCUACGUCCAGCUCGGCGCGCAGAUCGCGUCGGCGCCCGCGUGCUUUGGUGGCACCAUCCUUGGCACGCUCCUCGCCAUGAUCCUCCGCGCGCCCAUUGCCAAGUGGGAAAUGACCCGGUCCAAGAUCGCGUCGACGCUGCCGGUGAGCGCGCUCCUGCAGACGCUUCUCGGGUGUGGCUGCGUCGGGUUUUCGGUCGCCUUGGAGUUCAUUUUGCGGGAGCCGAUCGCGCCGUCGGCGUGGUACCCGUGCAUUGCUGGCGCGGUCGUCGGUGCGCUCCAGUUGCCGCUGGCGUUUCUCGUGCGCAAAUCCCUCGGAGUCUCGGCGGCCAUGAAGUACAUCCUCGGCGAGGCCGUCGCUGGUCUCUCGCACGUCGCCGGCAACCCGUCGUGGCUCUCGCUCCCGCGCUCGAGCGCGGCGCUGCAAGUGCUCUUCGCGCUCGGUAUUGUCGGCGGGUCGCUCAUCUCGGGGACGCCGCUCGAAGCCGCGGGUCCAAUGCCGUCGACACUGCCGUCGAUCAUUGGUGGCGCCAUGAUUGCGUUUGGUGCAAGCACCGCGUGCGGUUGCACGUCCGGCCACGGCUUCUCCGGCACGGCGAUGCUCAUGGCGUCGUCCUGGCUCGUCGUGCCGUUCAUCUUUGCUGGUGGCAUGGGCACGGCAGGCAUCAAGUACUUGCUCGGCCUGUAG